UUUCCUCCCCCCCUUCUACCCUUUCUCCCCCUCUCUCUCUCCACUUUCUCUCUCCUCAUAAACGAUCUAAUUUAUCACAGAGGUAAGAAAACGAAGAAGAUAAAUACCCAUCAAAUUUCACGUUUGAUUGAAAUUCCCUCUCCUUCGAAUCCUAUCUCAGGUGAUUUUUCCCCUUUUGUAAUCUUGUAAUUGUAAUAGUAAACCCAGAAAUUUGACAAAUAAUGCGAAAAAACCCUAAUUUGUUUAGGAAAACACUGUGAUUUCUAUCGGGGAACACAGGAACAAAAAAAUCCAAAAAUAAAGCAAAAAGAUUGAAUCUUUGGUUUGAGUAGUUCAUCAUUUUCGAAAUGUUUGUCUGAGGUUGCUAUUAUUGGAAUUCAACGUGGUUUUAAGGUUAGGAUUUCUUGAUUUAGAAGUUGAGUUUGAAAUUUGAUUUGAAGAUGAUGAGUGCUGCGGUAUAUAUAUGUUUAUGUUGAGCUCAAAUUAAGGAGAUUGUGGUUUGUGAUUUUGUUUUAAGAAUUUAUUGUGAAGUAAUUGUAGUUUUGAUUGUAGAUUGAUUAAUUUGACUAGAUCAAGAAGUGGGAUGAACUUAAUUUGAACUCUUUAGGGUUUGUGGAUUGGAAAUAUAAUUGAUUGUUUUUUACAAGAUGGGUUUUUGAUUUCUGGAGAGAAGCAAUGGUUUUGAAGCGAAUGGUGAUGAGUUAUUGAAUGGUGAGAGGCUUUGAGUAGAAAGUGGGAGUUGGAAAACUGGUUUCUGCUUGAACUUUGCUGAACAAGGGGAGGAUAUUUUGCUUUCGAUAUCGUGCGGUUGCGGGUCUUCUGAGUUCAUUUGCCGGUUUUACCUCAACAAUUUUAGUUUGGAGGGUGGUGCAAUCGGUUGAGAUCGUUGUGGAAGUGUAUUCUUAUAUUUGUCUACCAUGUCUGACGCAAGUUCUGGAGUUGAGGAGCAACUCUCGGCGGUCCAGUCGGAGGAUUCAACUGCUACAUCCUCAAAGAAACCGAGCAGAUCAUAUACAAGAGAGUUCCUUUUGUCAUUGAGUGAGUUGGAAGUUUGUAAAAAGUUACCUAAGGGGUUUGAUGAAUCACUUCUGAGUGAUUUUGAUGAUGCACCCACCCAUGAUCGUCAACGUGUCUUAGGAAGUUCAUUACUGCACGGUUAUAAGAGAACUGACUAUGGAUCAUCCAUGCCAGCUAAAGGGGAUUCGGGUAAUUUUUCUAGAGGACCGAACAGGUGGGAUAGUCGUUCAAGCGUACGAAGUGAUACUGAUUCAGAUUCAGAGUCUGGAAGGCGUUAUGGAAGCCAGACAAGGAGGUCAUGGCAGAGCCCCCCUGAACAUGAUGGUCUUCUUGGAAGUGGCUCUUUUCCAAGACCUGCUGGAUAUGCAGCAGGUGCACCAGUUCCAAGGUUUCGUCCUCCUAAUGAGAACACUCAUCUUAACAGGAGCAAUGAACCAUAUCAUCCUCCUCGUCCAUAUAAGGCAGCACCUCACUCUCGAAGGGAAGCAAAUGACUCUUUUAAUGAUGAAACAUUUGGCUCAGCUGAUGAUACCAGUGAGGAUAGGGUUGAAGAGGAGAAAAAGCGAAGAGCUGAGUUUGAACUCAUGAGGAAGGAGCAGCAAAAGGCUCUUCAAGAGAAACAGAAAUCGAGUCAAGGCAAGACAGGGGAUGCCUUUUCAGAGAUGGCAUUGCUGGAAAAUCCCAGUGAUGAUAAGAUUUCCACUGACUUGGAUAAAGUAUCAAAACCAACUCCACGAGAAGACUCCAGCAAGCUUUCAGUUUCCUCGCAUGCACCUCCAUCCAGACCACUUGUUCCUCCAGGUUUUGUGAGUAGUGUUGUUGAUAAGAGCUCCACGGCCAAGUCGUCUCUGGUGCAUGCUGAAUCAAUAGAGAUUGGAAAAUCAGAACCAGAAGACAAUCAUCAGGAUUUAAACAACAAAGCUCAGGAAAGAAAUUUUCUUGACCUUCACAAUCAGGCGAGUGGCACAUCUGAUAUUAAGGCAGCAAAAGCGCUGGACUUAUCUUCAAUUAUUCAAGGUUCUGAUCAUUCAAAGGCUCCAAGACUUCCUGAUGCUAAUGAGGUCCUUGAGAAUGGUGAAAUAUUGGGACUUGGUUUUGGGGUUACUGGGCCUAAGCUACUGGGUGAACCUGCUCGUUCAACAUCCAUUUUAGAUAAGCUAUUUGGCAAUGCUGUAACAUCUAGCAAUUCAUUAACGGCCAGCAAUGGUAGCACAUCCAACUUUGUUGAGGAUGAUGCUAAGACAGAUGAUAUUUGGAGCUCUAAUAAGUUGCAAUCCAAAUUUUCUCGUUGGUUUCCUGAAGAAGGAGAUCUAUCGUCUGAGAAGCCAAAUAAUCUGCUGUCAUUAAUUGGUGGUGGUGAAAAAGGGGGAUCCAAUGUGCCUGACACUUCAGCAUUGGGAUCAAUUUUUACUUCAGAGACUGGUUUGGGGCACAAAACGCCCAAUUCAGCGUCUUCUCCAGGGGAGAUAUCGGGGCAGUAUUCUAAUAGUUUUGUUACAGAAGCAAAGCCUGCUGUGCUAACUUGUGAAGAUCUUGAGCAAUCAAUUCUUUCAGGAAUUAGUGGAGAAAGUUCAAAUUCUCUGUUUUCUGGGAAUAAGCAUCAUGCUUUAGAGAUGAAAGCUAGACACCCUCGUAAUGAUAUCGACAAUCAAGCUUCACACCAUCUUCUUUCCUUGCUGCAGAAAGGAGGGUCACAAGAUGUAGUGCCAAUCACAGGUGUUGAGAAAAGACCUAAUAAACCACAUGAGGAUCACGAGGUUGGCAAAUUAGGUAAACUUGAUGGCAAUGUAAUUGACGCUGAUGGGGUAAAUAAUCCAGGAAACUCAUUGACCCUCGAGUCUCUAUUUGGGACUGCAUUCAUGACAGAAUUGCACUCUGCCCAAAGAAGUGUAACUGGCUCUGCAAGAAGUGAUGUUUCAAAUAAUUUGCCCUUUCCUCCUACAAUGAACGAAAAUGGACUGAAUCAAUUUGCACCAAAUGAUAGAGUUCCCAAGUCGGAUAAAGUAGGAGAUUGGCUAGGGUUUAAUGAUGCUCUAAAGGAAGCUGAACUCUCUAAGCAACCUGCUGAAGUUGAAUCUAAAUUUGGUUGCAUUGAUAGGGGAAUUGAUGUAGCACUCCCUGAAGAAGAUAGCUUAAUAAAUCUCAUUGAUCCUAUGACUGCUGAGAACUCCAUGAUGCGCAAUUCAGGUUCAUCUAACUUAGACUUCCCACCCCCAUCGUCACGCAUGUCGGCUGAUGUUUUUGAGAAACUAGCAGCACUAGGUGGGGCUCUCAAAGAUGAAAGAUCCAUGGUAGGGGGGCAUGACCCACGCUUAUUUCAUGGUCCCUCUGAUAUGCUGAAGACUGAACUUCCAUACCAAAAUAUGCAUCCACAGGCAUCUUCGCCACAGAUCCAUAGCUCCCAAAUGAACCACAACAGACCAUUAUUUCAUGGUUUGGACUCACAACCUGCACAUCUUGAUCCACAGCUAAACUUCAUGCCUCCUGAGGCUAUGAUUCAUCGUGAUGCUCCAACACAUCAUCAGUUUCCUGCAAACAUGGGCCACCCAUCUUUCCAACAUCCUGGGGCUGGUCUUCCAGGGUUUGAUCAUCCCAUUCCUUCUCCAAUCUUGCAACAGAUGCACAUGGCUGGCAAUCUUCCUCCACCUCAUUUGGCUAGGGGAUUUCCUGGUGCUGCACCUAUGCCUCCUCAUCCUAGUCACAGUCCUGCCGGUUACAUUCAGGAGCCUAACUCAAUGCAAAGUUUUCCAUUUGGUCAACGGCAGUCACAAUUUGGUGGUCCUGGAAUGAGCCCAUCAGGUCCCGAGCUUGGUGCUGCUAACAACCCACCUGAGGCAUUUCAAAGACUCUUGGAGAUGGAACUUCGAGCAAAUCCAAAGCAAAUACACCCUUUUGCAGCUGGCAGUCCUAGCCGAGCAAUGUAUGGACAUGAACUGGACACGGGGUUUCGGUACAGAUAGUGUAUUUCGAUUGUGGAUGUAUUUUAAAAGGAAAACAUAUGAUCAUCUUCAUCCCCAGAUGACUUUUGCAGGAUGGGCUGUCUGUGCCUACUGUAAACUGUUAAUAGUGCAGUAAUUUUUAUUUUUUUUUCUUGGCUUCCAACUUCCAACGUCUAGCAUUGAGUUUAUUUUACAUGCUCUUUGUUUUUACACGGGGGAAUUUACUUUUGAAAAGGGUAUGGCUAUAAAUUAUUUCUACUGUCUGAGAGAUUAUUAC